AUGCUGCAAAACGCGUACCCGGAGGUGCUCUCCAGAUCUGCGGUAUCUCAAGUGACCAGCCGGGACCCAGUUCUGUCUCAGGUGGUCAAAGCGGUGUCCCAGACCCUGGUCCGCCUACAUGUGAAUUUUGGGGGACCCUUCAAGGGCCAUUACUUCCUGGUGGUGGUGGACGCCUUGUCAAUGUGGGUGGAUGUUCUACCUGUCACCACUCCAUCAGCAGGCGCGACCAUUGCAGCGCUACGACAGGUCUUCGCCACCCAGGGGUUGCCGAAUGUCAUCGUGUCUGACAAUGGUCCUGCUUUCGCCAACGCAGAGUACCUGGCCUGGCUGACGCAGAACGGUAUACGCCGGAUGAUGGUUCCGCCGUACCACGCUGCUUCAAAUGGUGCAGCCGAGCGGGUGGUGCAAACCUUCAAAGACAAACUCAAGAAGAGCCAGACUGGGGAUUUCCGGACGUAG